AUGCCCGUGCUUGCUGAUGAUCUUACAACUCUGCGUGCAACUGCCUGUCGAACCAGCUGUCCCAUGCGUUUCUUCUACGUGCCGGACGCAAACGGACAACUUGUGAAGGCGGUCCCAUGCUACUACGCUUACCCGGCGGACUUCAUUGAAGCAUGUCGUGCUACUGCCACCAUGCAGACUGGGACCAAGAGACCCUGCACCACAUGCUACGUGGAGGAGGAUGAUCUGGCAAACCUCAAGCUCAAAUCUACCAUCAGGACCCCUGCUUCCCAGGAGCAUGCGGUGCAGCAGAUUCUAGCUUGCAAGACCGUGAAGGCGGCUGAGAAAGUGCAGUCGGAAUGGUCAACACACCCGAUUGAGUGUGUGCUCAGCAGGUGGAACUUCUCGGACACCGAGUGGGGAAACCCAUAUGGGGCCAGCGUGGCUGACACUAUACAUGUGCUGGACUCCGGUGUUGCUCUGCACAUGAUCGAGUGCCACAUCGACACUCUCAGCAAGCCCGAGCGGCGCACGGUAGAGGGGAGAAAGAAGACCACAAAGACAGAGACGCCGAGCACAGUGCUCCGGCUGCCGGGAGGAUCCUCGUAUCUGGCCAGUGGUGCCAACUACGCCGCGUUUGAGCACCGCGCCAUGAUGCAAGUCAUGCCGAUCCUGGUGGCGGACAAGGGGGCGCUUGGGAAGGGGCCGGACGCAGAGCUGAGGGCUAUGAGAGUGCGUGCUUUCCGGUUAUACGCAACGUUCUACAAGGCCUUUCUUGGCGUGGAUGGUCACACGAGGGCGUCGCUCGCACACGCAAGGGAGCUCGCAUACAGGCUGGUCGACCUUCUCCCACGAGCAUACCCAGAUCAGAAGUCGGGAUGGCGGUUCCCUAAGGUGCACAUGAUCAAGCACCUGCUGGAGAAUGUGAUUCUCAGGGGCAUGCCCCACCACUACAACACGGAGCUGUGGGAGCAUACACACAAGGGCACGGUCAAGGUGCCGGUUCGGGGCGGCAACUGGAAAGACAUCCCCCGGAGGAUAGUCGAGGAGGAGGUGCAACGGGAGAUCUGCCGGGAGGUGGCGGCUGAUGCAGGCGGCGGGUGGCAGUACACCACUGCUCUCAGAGAUGCUGUGCGGACCAAGAAGCCGGUCCUCACGAGGAAGGGGCGGCUCAUGGUGCCUGGGGCGGAGGAUGAUGCAGUUUUGGCGAUGUACCACGCGUCGCACGGUGACGACAUGAAGGAUCUAGUGGGAUGCAUGCGAUCGGCCGGGGUGAAGACGGAGCGCGUCCAGGCACACACCGCCGUGGCGAUUCCGCGCACGCGUGGGGGGGCGUUGGUGGCCAAGGGCACGUUCGUGAAACCGAGCCUGGGGGAGAAGUGGUUUUCUGAUGUGGCACUGUUGGCGCCUAAAGGGGGAGAGUGGUUUGCCAAGGUGUUGUGCAUCUUCAAGGCGGCUGGGGAUGAGGGGGAGCCGAAGGGCUACAUGUACGUGCGGUACUAUGAGCAGGCUGGGCUCUGUCCCCUGACCACAUGCAUCCAGCUAACACCCCACCGGAUGGAGACGAGGUUCGCUGUGGUGGAGGUGGCCACGAUCCUGAGGGUGGUGCACAUUUGUCGGAGCUUCAGCAACCCCAAGACGUCAUACGACAGCAUGGCCGCGAUAGUGACUCUCCUGGAGGCUCUCAAAGCCCAUCCUGACGAUGUGUACUUGUUCUCCGAGUUCCCGUUCAUACCUACGAGGCUCCCGGUGUCGGCGGUUAUGGACGCGGAGCUCGGUAUAGCGCGCGAGUGGCAUAUGAUGGUGGGUUUGCUGGUCAACGCUUCUGGCUCCAAGUGGCGUCAUCCGCUUGUGGUGUUGAGGCGGGAUGAUGGCAGGGCCGUACACAAUGGGCGGCGUCGUGAGCAUAAUGUCGUGGUGCGCUACGCAAAGCACGGCCGCAUGUCGUCUGAGCUAUUCACGGAGCACAUGGUGAAGUUUGACGGGGAUCUCUUCGCAAAGAACGAGCGCGCAAUUGUUCUGGUGUACGACCCGAAGCACGAGCUGACUGGUUGUGUGUUCGAGUCGGAAACCGUUGCCGGGUUUGCGGCGCAGAAUCUCCUGAGUGUCAAGGUGGUGCAGCUUUACGGCGGGCCGCCCCGGUGCAGCAUGCCGUCGACGACCGGGGUGGUUGAUACGGUGAAGGCAAUACACCGAUACUGGUUCAUGAAGGACGCUAUGGACAGCAACGAGUGGAAGAAGAAGGGAGAGGUACCUCGACCGUCACUCCCAGACGUGCUGAGGAGGCUGGCGUGCAAGUUGACGUCGGAGACGGCUAUUCAGAGGAGCUGGUGGCGCGCGGGCUGUGUGCCGACGGCGUGGGUGUCGCUGAUGAAGCGCCUGGAUGGCGCUGGCGCUGCUUUGAUGUUUGAGCCCAUUGUUAGCGAGCUUACAAUGCUGCAGAUGGCUAUUGAGAAUUUUAAGAGGGCCCCUGCUAUGUAUAUGACGUCGUGGGAUUUUGUGGGCUGCGACGAGGACCUGCUCAUCAAGUGGGGCGUGAUUAAGGCGGAGGAUGAGGAGGACGAGGAGGAUGAUGACGAGAUACCGGCGUAUUUUUGUAUCCCUGAAGGGCCACUGUAUCGGGACGUUCGCAGCCGGCGCAGGGUCGUGCGGAUGGUGGCGGGCGAGUACAGCCAGCAGGCGGGCAAUUUGGGCAUACCAGUGUCCCAGGUGCCCGAGGCGUUGGGCGCGCAUAACGAGGAGGUGAUAAGCCGCCUUCGAAGGACGCCUACUAAGCGUGCUCGUAACGGACCUGCGGUGGGCGGCCAGCCUGGUGGGUUGGUCGAGGCGCAGGAAGCUAGUGUGGUGUGCGACGAUUGUUUGCCAGGCGGAAGCCUCUAG